AUGGAGGCAGCCGCGCGGAGGCGCCAGCACCCGGGGGCGGCGGGCGGCCCCGGCACGCAGCCCGGCGCCUCCUUCCUGCAGGCCAGGCACAGCUCCGUCAAGGCUGAUGAGGCUGCCCGCGCGGCUCCCUUCCACCUCGACCUCUGGUUCUACUUCACCCUGCAGAACUGGGUGCUCGACUUUGGCCGCCCAAUUGCCAUGCUGGUGUUUCCCCUCGAAUGGUUUCCGCUCAACAAGCCCAGCGUGGGGGACUACUUCCACAUGGCCUACAACGUCAUCACGCCGUUUCUCCUGCUCAAGCUCAUCGAGCGGUCCCCCCGGACCCUGCCCCGCGCCGUGAUCUAUGUCAGCAUCAUCACCUUCAUCAUGGGCGCCAGCAUCCACCUGGUGGGGGACUCUGUGAACCACCGCCUGCUCUUCAGCGGCUACCAGCAUCACCUGUCCGUGCGCGAGAACCCCAUCAUUAAGAACCUCAAGCCGGAGACGCUGAUUGACUCCUUUGAGCUGCUCUACUAUUAUGACGAGUACCUGGGCCACUCCAUGUGGUACAUCCCCUUCUUCCUCAUCCUCUUCAUGUACUUCAGUGGCUGUUUCACUCCUGCCAAAGCCGAGAGCGCGAUGCCAGGAGCAGCCCUGCUCCUGGCGGGGCCCAGCGGCCUGUACUACUGGUACCUGGUCACCGAGGGCCAGAUCUUCAUCCUCUUCAUCUUCACCUUCUUCGCCAUGCUGGCUCUCGUCCUGCACCAGAAGCGCAAGCACCUCUUCCUGGACAGCAACGGCCUCUUCCUCUUCUACUCCUUUGCCCUCACCCUCCUGCUUGUGGCGCUCUGGGUUGCCUGGCUGUGGAAUGACCCCACACUCCGGAAGAAGUACCCAGGUGUCAUCUAUGUCCCCGAGCCCUGGGCCUUCUACACCCUCCACGUCAGCAGCCAGCACUGAUCAGCCACGGGUGCCCUCCCAACGGGAGAUGGGCCGUAGAGAGCAUCUGAGCACACUGGGGCUACAUGGGUGUGCACCCAGUGCCUGGGAGUGUGGGUGAGGGCAUGCAUUGUGCCAUGAACAGGGGUGUGUGUGCACACGGCUGUGUACAUGUGUACGGAGUGCGUCCUUCUAAGACUCGAUUGUUUUUGGUCAAGUUUCUAUUUGGUUUGGAUCUUUUCAGGGUCAGAUUUAGUUUUAGGCCAAGCUGCUGUUCCCUGCCUUCGUGUGCCUGACUGGAGGAGGGGCCAGAUGCCCUCUGGUGGCUGUGCAGGGAGGACUGGGCAUAUCACCCACCUCCUGCUUCAUCCCCCGGGCCCACUGCUGACCCCAGAGGCCAGGUCGCUGUAGGUUUCAUGAAUGUUCCAUGUAUUGUUGAGCAAAUCACACUUCCCUUCCUGGGUCUCAUUUGUACCAGACAGACCCAUGGCUCUAAGGUGGGUGAGGGGGCUGGAGCUGCUGAUUACUGGGGCAACCUUGAGACAAAGCGCUGCAUCCUUGAGGCCUACCUGCCUGUCACUGCCCUCACUCACCCUGGAAGGUGUGUGUGUGCCCCAGGUCCUUCCCCAGCCUCAGGCCCUACAGGAUAGCGAGCUCCUACUCCCAGCAUGCUCUGGGCCAGGGAUGCUAGCUCCCCAGCCGUCUCCCUCCCUCUGCCAGAAGCUCCUGUCUCCCUACUCCCGCUCUGGAAGAAUUGAAUUGGGGCAUCCCCUUGUGUGUCAGCCUGACCACAGGUUUUUGAGCUGCAGCUGAAGACAGAGUUCUCAAACACUUCCACUCCUCCCUCCACCCCAUUAGAGGGGUGGGAUGGACAUCUUAAGGCUCUCUCCAGCCUGAAUCUCUUGCCUUCUGCCAGCAGCCCAACUCCCAGAAAAGGGAGGCCUUUUUCCCAGCAGGAUGGGGAGGGAGAGAACCCCAGCCCCCUCCCCCAACUCAUCUCUUCCCAGGCAUUGGAUCCAGGUCUCCCCACACUGCUGAGGGCACCACAGCCUCUUUCCCUGACCUGCACUGGCCCAGGCCCUCUUGUGGGACUUGGCGACCUGCCUGGCCUUACCAGGCCCCUUCCUCCUCUCCUUGUAUUCUCAGGUGGUCUCAUGCCUCAGAUCCUUUUAUGUUGGUAUCCCCCUGCAGCGUCCCUUAGGGCUCUUGCAGCCCCUGGGUCAGCCCCCAUCAGCUGGCAUGAAUAAAGGCCCCUGCAGAGCCAAGCCUGGCUGGCAGCUGGUGCUUGCUUUUGGGUGUGGAUUUGGGAUGCAGGAGAGAAUUCCCUGGAGGGGAGAGAGACUGGCAGAUCUGGGGCUUGGGCUGGAGCUGGAGAGUCUCCAUAACCGCAGGCUGGGCAGAGUGGGCAGACCCCAUGGGCCCACCAGCCUCUGGUCUGGGCAAGAGCAGACACUUCCUCUGCCAGCUGGUCCUCUAUACCAUGGGCUCCCAGGAGGGUAACAGUGAGGGGACAAGAAGAGUCUCUCACUGCUCUCUUCAGAGAAGCCUGGGGGUUAACUGGGCUUGGGGAGGAGAAGGCAUCCCCAGACCUGCCCCUCGAGCCUCCCAGCCAUGCUGCCAGACCCAUUCCAGAUUCCCUAUGGGGGAAAGGCAGGGAGGCCGGGUUAUCAGGGGCUGGCUCUCAGCCUUGGGUCUCUUGAUCCCUUGGGGCCUUGGCUUUUGAUAAUUAGAGGUGCUCGGCCUCUCACACAGUCCUAGAGACUUAUUUGGGCUGUUGUUCUCAGACAUCACACAGGAAGGGCAGCGCCUGACGGAAGACAGCUCGCUCUGCCCUGGAAGAAGCCCACUUUGCCGGCAAACAUUUGAUUCCUUCCAUACCUAGAGGACACUGCACCCUUAAACCCCUGCUCCAGAACAGUCCUCCACAGACGGACUUAACGAGUAUUUUAUGAGCAGGGUCUGGCCAGUUGUGUAGGGUCUGAAGCAUGUGCAGUUGAGGGUGGGGAGGGGAAUUUCUUUGAUAAGAAAACAGUUUUUUUAAAAUGUAAAUAAAAUUUAGGCAUAAAAGUGAAUAUUUAAAAUGGAAAAUAAAUCAGCAAAUUUUUGGUGCCUUGGACAUCUAUAACCCCUCUUGACUGAGAGCUCUCUGCACAGUUUGCUGGAAAUGCUUCCCUAGAAAUACUUAUUGAUUGUAACCUGACUUCAUGCUACUUAGAAAACUUGAGGCCUCUGCUUGUCAAAAUGUAGUCCCUGCCCAUCAGGAUCAGGAUGGCCUGGGAACCGCAAGGAAAUACAAAUCGGUGAGCCCCACCCCAGACCUGCUGAAGGACAAAAGGGGUGGGGGUCUCCUGGUGAUUCUGACACACUCAGGUUGGAGAAGCACCGCUCUAGGGCCCGGCUACUCAGAGUGGGGUCCUGGACCUGCAACAUCGGCUUCACCCAGGAACUUGGGAGAAACACAGAACCUCGCUCUCCCCACCCCAGCCCUCCUGAGUCUGCAUUUCAACAGGAUCUGCCGUGAUUCCCCUGCAACGCCACUCCACAACCAGGACUUGAAGGGCCAGUGACGGGCCUGAAGAGAGAGCUUCCUGAACCCUCUUUUCUGGGGCUCCCAGGACCAGGAGAAGGAAGGCUGGACAGGCCUCCAGGGGCCCCCUCUGCGCCCUUCGUCCAGCAGUGAAGGGGCUCAGGCUCCUCUGAUUGUGGGGUGGGUGGAGGAGCCCUGUGGUGAAUCCAAGCUUGUUUCCUGGAACAAAGCAAGCACAGGGUGGUGGCGAGGGUGGAGGACAAGCAAGCACGUCUUGCAGAGUGCCUGUGUCUGCAUUCCUGCUCUGGGUGGGGAGAGGGGCAGAGAGGCUAUGACCCAAGACCCAGAGCUCUUCUCAUAGAACCACUGAGAAGUGUCAGGGCCCUGGCGGCCCUGCUGGAGGAUUCCUUAGACAGAGUGUGACAGGGGGAAGGAUGAGACGGAAAGAGGUGGGGAGCUCCCAGGGCCAGGUAUGCGGAGCAGGAGGGAAGGGGUAGUGCCCAGGGGCUAUGUCCACUCCCAGCCAAGGGGCCAGGGGUUAAGAAUAAAGAGGUAUUGGAGAUGUUUCUAUUUUGUGUUGAAGUGUCACAUGCACACGAUACAGUCAAGGGCACGAAUCCCAAGGGGACGGCUGGGUGGAUUUUGGAAUAGUGACCCCUCAUGUGGCCCCCACCCCGAUGCAGGGUUUUGCCCAUGUGUGACACACCCCUUGGAGACCAGGAAGAAUAUGAGGAGGGAGUGUGCAAGG